AUGUCUGACGACUGGGGAACGGCGGCGGCUGCCGAGAGGUCUAUGAGCCGACUAACGCUGAUUCAGCAAGCGGCGGCGCGAAGCGGAGCACUCCCAGCUCCCGGACAGUUCAGAAAUAGCAAAUUGUCACCAUUCGAGGUGUCACAGAUGUCUGGAGUAUCGAUUUCGAUGGUUGAACGAGGAAAUAUUAAUAGCCGUGACUUCACCCGAGAACUCGAAUGGCUUCUCCAGGAAACCACAGAACGAUGUUUCCUCGAUGCGGAGAUGUGGACCGGAGAGAUUCUUGCCUACCUUCCGAACGAAUGGUGUGAAGGAAGCCAACCAGAUAUCUGGAAUACAAGUGUUAAGGUGUUCGCCAAUGAUUCCACUGAAUCGAUGACUUCACCGACGUCUUCUGCAGCUAAUAUGCCGGGAGAUGUCGUCGUGCCGAAAGCGAAAUAUGCGUAUUCAUCGAGAUUCGCACGAUCUUUGAUCAAAAAUAAGGAUUUCCGUCGUGCCGCUUCGUUUCUGGAGAAGACAGUUAAUGAAAAUCGUGUUGACCAUUUCCUAUAUUAUCGCUGUUUGUUCUUGGCCUAUUACCAGGAGCAUCUGGAGAAUGAUUCAGAAGGCGUUGAGAGGAAGACGAGUUUUGCAGAAGAAAAGUCUCCGUUUUCUAUUCUUCAUCAGAGAAUGACCGAUGAGAAGUUGCGAGAAAACGAUGAUGUUUGGUUUGAGUACUUGAUGGGAUUGAUUGAAGUUCAAUUGGGAUUGAAAGUGGAAGCGGAGAAGUCGUUCAAGAAUGUGAUUACACGGGAGCCAAGACACUGGCCAGCAUGGGAAGGACUCACACUUCUCAUCUCCGACAUCGAGGACGCCGACAACUUUGUCAUCCAAUUGGACUCCCGAUCGCUUUGGAUGAGUGACUGGUUCAUGGUGCUUGUCCUUCAACGAUUCCAUCAACACUCGAUGGCAAUCCAAAAAGCUGAACAACUAGUGCAACGUGGAAUGACCGGGAUCCCAAUGAUUAUCACAAAGAUCGCCGCGUGCUCUAACGCUCGACACGAUCAUGACCAAGCGAUCGCCAACUUCGAGGAUGUCCGAGAAAUGGAUCCAUAUCGAUUGACUGAUCUACACCUGCUCUCCGAUUCCCUUUACAUUCGAAACGACCAGAAAAAGCUGUCAGCGUUGGCGAUGGAACUCUACAAAGUGCACAAAUUCCGUUGGGAGACUUGCUGCGUCGUGGCGAAUUACCACGCGAUGCGACGUGACAGUGAGCACGCAAUCAAAUUCUUCCAACGAGCUCUCCGCUUGAAUCCUGGAUUCGCUGCGUUAUGGGUGCUCAUCGGUCACGAAUUUAUGGAGAUGAAAAAUAACGCGGCCGCCUGUGUUUCCUAUCGCAGAGCUAUCGAGAUCGACCCGGCAGAUCACAGAGGAUGGUAUGGACUCGGUCAGAUGUAUGAUAUCAUGAAAAUGCCAGCGUACUCUCUUUACUAUUAUCAAGAGGCUCAAAAAUGCAAACCUCAUGAUUCACGUCUUCUGGUGGCUCUCGGUGAAGUUUAUACCAAGUUGAAUCGAAUCGAGGACGCUGAAAAAUGCUUCACUGGCGCCUAUUUGUUCGGUGAUGUCGAGGGUAAUGCGUUGUGGAAUCUGGCGAAAUUGCACGAAAAUCAGAAGGAUCAUAAGAAAGCGGCACAAGCUUUCGAAGUGUUUCUUGUGGUUUACGAGUUGGUCACUUCUGCGGAGGAGAAGGUGAUUUAUUCUGUAGCUUUCCUGGCGAAUCACUUCUUCAAGACGGAAGAAUUUGAUAAGGCGCAAGAGUUUGCUACGAAGUGUAUGGCUUAUGAAUCGAUCUGCCAAGAAGGAAACCGCCUCUUCCGUGAAAUCGCCAAAAUCCAUCAACGUGAAGCCGAAUUGGACGAAGCCGAACGUAUCGGAUAUGCACAGAGAGCUGCCGCUGAAGCGGCCGCCGGUGGAGCUCCAGCACCGCAAGAGGAAUUAGGCGAAGAGGAGAUGUCGGAAGGCGAAGACGAGCUGACAUUCUAA